AUGACUUUCUAUAUGAAUCUCAAGACUGGGGAAAUGACAGACACAAAACCGGGCCUAUAUCGUGGCGAGGAUGGCCCAAGUAGUUUAUACGAUAGGAAGGGCAAGAGCAAGGCCACUGAGAAUCCAAGUGAUGCAGCAGAAAGGAUACACCAAAUGCUUUUAAUCGUCACCCCUCUGACGAACUCAGUUACUUCAGACGUUAGGGGCUCUGUUGCCGGUGAUGGCCAUAACGUAUUGGUGGUCUUUGACGAUACCGACACCACAGAUGAGUUUGCUCACACAUUGAACGGCGUUAGCCUGCAACAAAUGGCAAUUAACAAAGUUAUGAUCCACACCACAUUCGAGUGCGAUAUUUUUCCCGGAUUAAAAGCGUUCGUGGACAAGACGGGAGACAUCAUCCGAAAGAGCUGGAGUAGUCUACCUCCGAGAGCGGAUGUAACCCUCCAAGAAAUGAUACACGAAUUCAUUAAUAGAGAUAGCAUUGAAAAGCUGAAGGCAUUCAUCGAAGUAACCGACAUGGUCGAUACAGAGGACUAUCUUGAGUCGACUCCGUAUCCACUAGUGAAUCUCAUGAGACCACUCCAUGACGCGAUCAUGCGAGAUAACUUCGAGCGUUUCGGGGAGUUGGUUGAAAACUCUGAUAUCGAGAGAGAGAACAGGGUGGGUUAUACUCCCCUACAGCUGGCAGUUAUGCUUGACCGGUUUGAUAUGGCGAGUAUCCUCCUGGCCCAUGGAGCCAAUACGGACAAAGAACUUCUUGACAUAGAACUCCUUCUUGAGUCUGGCGUAGACCUAAAUAGCAAAGCGCCAAACGGAGCUCUCUCUUUGCAACUCAGCGAAAACCCAGAAAUGAUUAUGCUGUUGGUACAGAGAGGGGCGGAUAUUAAGCUGGCAAGACAGGCCAAAUUGGAGCAGAUGGCAGCUCAAGACUGCCAGAAAAGUCGCGAUGUAUUAAUGCAAUAUACAACUUUAAAUAUCAACUCGGAGAGCCACGCGGAGAGCCACGCGGAGAGCAGCUCAGCGUCCCACGACGAGGCACAAAAGGGCGAUACAGAAACAUCCUUCCAUGCCUCAACUGUUCAGAGGACGAUCCAGAUUCACCAUCAUGCGCAUAAGGGAACUGCAGUAAGUUUAGGAAGAGAUUAUCGAACGGUUAAUUGAAAUAUGUUUCAACUUAAAUAUAUUUCCUUACGUAUUUCAGUCUUCAUGUUGUCUUUUUCUUAACAGUUCUUCGUUGUUGGAUUGGGUUUGAUACACUGUCACAGUGACAGACUCAACUAUGGCUUUUAGUCUCUUAUAUCUGAGUGGUUAGCUAUCUGUGUUGGGUUGGUCUAAGGAACGCUGGAUGUUUGUGAUAUUGAAUGCUUACUUAUCGGACAUCUCUCUAGGGCAACUUUUUAUUCUGAGAGGCAUGAAAAUGUACUAGUUUGGCAUGUUUACUUUAAGGCCACUUGCUUAGGUAAAUAAACGUGAGUUCUUAUAUACUGGAACGGUCGGUAAUUCCAGCCGACUUACCUCUAUUGUCCAGCCAUUGUACUGGAAUAAUGCUACUCGAGCUUGGCAACGUGAUGCUUAACAUUCUCUAUGGCUGUGGUGAUUCCCGCCAAUAUAAAUAUCGGUGUAGGAGUGUCUUUCAGAGUACUAUGCUAUCCCAUCCUCUGUUUCCUCCUUACCCACACUUCUUGGUCCUCUCCAUCUUUCUCACUGCCUGCUGUGUUCUGUGUACCGGAACUGGGGCGUAGCUGGACUUCCCAUAUCCCCAACUUAUAGUUGGCACGGUCUGCUCUCCCAGAGAACAAGUCAAAAGACCAGCCGUGCUUCGGACAGGUAAUCCCAGUACUCAAUGCAAUGCCAAAGUC